CUAUAGUGUUUGCAAUUUAAACAUGGAGAAGACAGGGGCUUCCAGACUUCUGCAGAUGCAGGCACGCUUUCAACAGAAGCAAAUGCAAGAACGUGAGAUGAAGAUUGCGUCACUCUACGAAGCACAGCAGGCGAGAGCGCUGGACCGCGUCAGACAUUCGCCCAGCAACGGCGUCAACACCGCAAAGACUACUAGUCCGUCGACUCAGCCGCCAGUACCCAUGCACCCUGGGAAGGUCCGUCAAAUGUUCGAAGAGAGGCGUACAAAAGGCAUAGACAAGAGUUACCCUCUACAACCAUUACACAAUACGGAUCGAGCAGUUCCUAGGAAAGCAACCAACGGUUUCAACAAAGCAUCACCUAAUACGAUAUCGAGCAGCUCAAGGCUGACGGACAAGAAAACAGUGAAACAAUCGACGUCGACAAGAGUGACCACGAAAAAAACGAAUCAUAAAAUAGAAAACCUAGUAAAUGGAUCCGGAGAUCUCAAUCAUAAUCAUAAACCGGAUAAAAAUAUGAAUUCUAUAAAACGUGAGUUACCUCAUAACAAUGGCGACUUGAUCUCAAACCUAGAUGACCUGGACGGUGCAGACAAUAACUAUCUCCUGGAGAACGAAACUUUCCCAGAGUCUUUAGCCCCACUGCCUACUCCAAGAUCGCCUGAACCAAAAGAGCCUAAACGACCACCUAGAAGAAGUCCCACGAAUAAACAAACUGUCAACCAGACGGCCAGCAUUGUUGUGACGAAAUCCCAACCUGUUGCGCCGCCACGAAAGGUUACCAGCGAAAAGUCCGUGCCUGAAAAGAGCAAGCCCCGUGGGGCCAUGCAGCGUGGAGCAUUGGAGUACAAAACUUCAGAUGCACAGGUCAAGCCUGUCCAAUCCGGGACUAGUGGAUACGAAUCAAGCCCAAGGGACAGACCCAUCAGGCCUCUUAAUACUCGGUCCAGCCCAAGAGGUGGAACAGGCAAAACGACAGAACAAUUGGCUCCAGGGCAAGCCGGCAACGGCGUUGCCUGUGCCGUUUGCGGGCGUCACUUCGCUGCAGACCGCAUCGCUAAGCACGAAGAGAUCUGCCGUCGGACUGCAAACGCUAAAAAACGCAAGCCUUUUGAUGCGCUCAAACAUCGUUUACAGGGUACUGAAGCUGAGCAGUUCAUCGGGAAAAUUAAGAAACAGCAGACCACAUCGUCGACUAAGAUAAGUUCGAAGGCGAUUAACAGCACCUGGCGACAGAAACACGACGACUUCAUUAAAGCCAUCAGAGCUGCCAAGCAGGUGCAGGCUCAUUUGAACGCAGGAGGUAAACUCAGCGAUCUUCCACCGCCUCCGCCAUCGGAAAACCCGGAUUACGUACAGUGCCCGCAUUGCAACCGCCGUUUCAACCAGGCAGCCGCCGAGCGCCACAUCCCGAAGUGUGCCAACUUCCAGUUUAACAAGCCCAAACCAAACGGAAAUAGGAAACGGUAAACUUGGCGACCUCCCCCCCCGAACCCGCCAUCGGAAAACCCUGAUUACGUCAAGUGCUCGCUCUGCAACCGCCGUUUCAACCGAGUAGCCGAGAGCGCCACAACCUGGACUGUGCCAACUUCCAGUUCAAUAAGCCCAAACCAAACGGAACCU